CAUCUUGAGUAGCACGCUUAGCUGUCGUGUUUUGAUGACGCCAUCACUGGGACUUUCCGGAUACGUCACUCGGGGCUUCCGAGUUAUUAGGCUAGCUCUACCUCUGUGUUCAUGUCGAUAUACACUGUAAACGUCGCCUCGUUGUUCUGGAGUACACACCAAAAGAGACCAUGAAAGCGCCAAAGGCUCCUACCAGCACCGAAAGGUUUGAAUAUUGAGACGUCGUUGUCGGGAGCGACGGCCAGACUGAGAGGCGGAAUGUCAACAACGCGGCCCCUCCUCGGGAUGAGACGAGCCACGGAGCUAACGUGCCAGGAGCAGCCGACCAGCAGGCUCCCUGCGUCAGCCGAGAGGCAGCAGCUAGAGGCCCCCACCGUGGACGAGUUUACAGUGCUAGAGGAUAAAGAAGAAGAGCUGAAAUGUGCCAAGCCUCGAGUGGAGCAGGUUUUUAAAGUUGCGUUCACCAUUAUCGGUCUUUUGGACCAUACGGGACUGCCGCACGGUAGCAAAACAUCACGGCAGAUAUGGCUGAAGCUCAUAGGAAACAGAGACGACGUGUCAAAGGCAAAGGAAUAUGUGCGAGGACUCUGUGAUCCAGAACUACAGAAAGAAGAGCGGUACCCAGUGGACAUGCACUGUAUUUUUGCUGGGGCCCGGGGCCUCUUCCUGGACAGGCUCAUACGGGACACAAGUGCUGAAGUUGUGGUGCCUGAGCCAGGCCGCCUGCGGCUCUUGGGCCGGGCUGAACCCGUAGUGAUGGCCCAGAGCAGAGUUCAGCAAUUUGUAGCACUAUUCCAGGAAAAGCGAAGUCUACCGAGUGACAGAGAGCCGGCAGUGAAACGAGCCUUCAAGUCCUUUGUGGAGGAAAGGGAUGAUAAGUACACUAUGGAACUUCUUCUGCUACCCAGUGCCCUGAAGGAAGAGUUACUGGGAUUGGCUCAUAGCCCCACUACCACCAACACAUCUUCCCUGGCUCAGCUCAACCAGAUGCUGCAUCCCAGCAUGGCAGAGGUCGACCAGGACCGCUCGCAGAGUAGCACCCCAGUGACGGAACUCUCCAACCGCAUCCUGGGCACCAGCUUUGAGGAGAAAGGGGCCGGAGCAGCAUCUGUCGGUGGAGGUGGUAAAGCAGGAGGAGCGAUGGGCUCAGGUCCCGAGGCUGUCCUGAUCAACGGCACUCGGCCUUCGCACAAGCGGCGCUCAUCCGAGAGCGAGACUCGCGACACAAAGAGACAAUACUCUCUGGAGCGGAGGGAUGAGUCGCCGGAGAGAGCGAGAGAGAGGGAGCGACAGAGGGACAGAGAAGGCCGGGGGGGCAGUAGCAGCUGUAGAUCCAAAACCCCCUCUGCAAUAUCAUCCUCCUCCUCUUCCUCCUCCUCCUCCUCUUCCUCAGGAAAAGCAAACACAGUCGUCGGUGUGAUCAUGUUGGACCCCAGUGAAGGAAUCUCAGAUGAAGGGGAAGCAGUAAGCCCAGAAACCAACCUCCGCUGUUUGGUCAAUUUCUUCAGAACCAUGGGUUACCAGCAGGAAGUGGUGGAGCGUGUUGUCAAGGAGACGGGACAGACGGAAGAUACCUUCCUCGUUCUGGAGAAAAUCGUUGAGGAAACCAAGCGUUGUGAAGAGGGGUCAAAAGGAGGUGAAAAAGAAAGACGGUUGAACUCUGUGCGCUCCCCGGACACUCCCUCCUCAUCGUCGUCCUGCUCCUCCACGCCCUCUCGAUUCAGAGAGAAGGAGCACGAGCUAAGCAGAACGUUGGUCGACCCGGGCAGGUCGAAAGAGAACAUUAAGCCCAAUCAGCAUGGAGGCAGUAGCAACGGUCUGGGGCACCGCAGGCAGUGCAGCGGCAGCGAGAGCAGCACGCAGCAGGCCAUCACUAUCAAAAGAAGCUCUAGUGCUCAAGGAGGAGCAAGAAACUACGACGUUAUUACCAUUGACGAUGACGACGACGUCAUCCUCACCAAUACCAAAACGGCAGAUAGCAGGACGUCCCGGAUGAUGACAGUGCCACACCUGGACACCCAGUCAGGAUCCAGAACAGAUUAUAUGGCGAGGGGAGGGGGUGGUGUCUCUCAGAGGGACUACCUGUCGAGGGGUGGGACCCAGACUUUAGGAGGAUCAGUGAAGGUUGAGACUGUGACAGCGCUGCGCAGCACGCCUCAGUGGUUGACUGCCACCACCUCAUCCUUAGCUUCGACCCCCAGUUCAGCUCAGCCCAUCACUCGGCCCUCGGCCUCUCCCUAUCAGACCAUAAGCCACAUGGGUUAUCAUGGGGUCGGAGGGCCCAGGACUCCUCCUGCAAACGACCCCCCGGCACCCCCGGUCACUGGUUCGGUUGCUCGUUUCCAUCAGUCACCUGAGACGACUCCAAGCACUCUGAAGCUGCCAAAUGAGCCGGGUUGUCAGGAUCUCCGACAUAUCAUCAUAGAUGGCAGCAACGUGGCUAUGGCUCACGGCCUUCAUCGGUUCUUCUCCUGUCGAGGAAUAGCGCUGGCUGUGGAGACCUUUUGGAGGCGGGGCCACAGGGAGAUCACAGUAUUUGUCCCCCAGUGGCGUCAGAAGAGGGACCGAUUCACAACAGAGCAACACUUUCUAAACCAGCUAGAAGACCUGCGACUGCUCUCCUUCACUCCCUCCAGAGAGGUGUGUGGCCAGAGGAUAUCCUCACAUGACGACAGGUUCCUGCUCCACCUAGCAGAAAAAACAGAUGGGAUAAUCGUAACCAAUGACAACCUGAGGGACUUUGUCGAAACUUCGGACGCAUGGUGCAAGAUCAUUCAAGAAAGGUUGCUUCAGUUUACUUUUGUGGAGGACCACUUCAUGAUCCCAGAUGACCCUCUGGGGAAAAACGGACCUCAUCUAGACAUCUUCCUGCGUAAAGACAACUGGAGGGCUCCAGCCACUCCUCUCCCUAUGAGACCCCCAGACUUCCGGCCGGCCUCCCAGCAGCAGCAGCAGCAGCCGCUUUUCGUCCAGGCCGUCCACUCCACGCCCCGGCCCCCUACCUCCCUGAUGCCCCACCCCACAGCGCACUGGCCCCACUCUGGCCCCCCCGAAUGGCACCCGUCUCGCCGUUCACCUUCCCCCUCGCCCUCCCCCCCUCCCCAGCGGUCGCCGGGGGAGACGUCAGAGCUGAAGAGAAAGCUGUACGACAUCUUCCCCGACCAGAAGCAACGGAUCGACCGCAUCCUCAGCGACAACCCGUACAUGAGAGACCUGAACGCCCUGUCAGGGCUGCUGCUGGGAUAAAUAACUGGCUCACAUCAGCAGACACACACAGUACUAAUGCACACUUAUGCAAGAAUAUACGUGUCGGCCUAAAAAUAAUUUAUUUGACCAUUUCUUCUAGACUGGAGGGAAUGGAAAAGUUUGAUUUUAAUAUUAUU